AUGGCAAAAAAGCAGCAGGAAUCAGCAAAAACGAAGGCUGCUAAGAAACAGCAGGCCGUCAGUGAUAAAACUUUCGGACUUAAAAACAAAAAUAAAUCGUCAAGAGUUCAAGCUUUUGUUAAGCAAGUGGAAUCACAAAGCGCUAGCUCAUCAGCUGCACAGAAGCGUAAAGAGGCCGAAGCAGAGAGGAGAGCUGCCGAAAAGAAGGCUGCAGAGAAGGCUAGACUGGAAGCAGCAGAGCUCUUCAAGCCAGUUGCUACGCAAAAGGUUCCUUUUGGAGUUGAUCCAAAGUCAGUACUAUGUUCGUUUUUCAAACAGGGCCUAUGUACGAAGGGUGCAAAGUGUAAAUUCAGUCAUAACCUUGACAUCGAGAGAAAGGCUGCUAAAAAAGAUUUGUACUCAGACAAUCGUGAAGAAGAAAAGCAAAAUGAUACUAUGGAUAAAUGGGACGAGGAAAAGCUCCGGAGCGUUGUACUUUCCAAGCACGGCAACCCAAAAACUACAACUGAUAUCAUUUGUAAAUAUUUCAUUGAUGCUGUAGAGAACGGCAAAUAUGGUUGGUUUUGGGUUUGUCCAAACGGAGGUGAUACUUGUAAAUAUAAACACUCACUUCCACCAGGAUUCAAACUAAAGACCAAGGAAGAGCUGCGAUUAGAGAGACAAAACGCUGCAAAUCAGCCAGAGAUUACAUUGGAGGAUUUCAUUGAGACAGAACGACAAAAACUUCCUAAAAACUUGACUCCAAUUACUCUGGAGUCCUUUACUAAAUGGAAGGAAGAGAGAAUUGCAAAGAAGAAAGCACAAGAAGAGCAAGAGUUACAGAAGCAGCAAAAGUCUGGAAACAAAGUCCUCAGUGGCAAACAACUGUUGGAUUCUGGCAAAUUUGUUGCGUUCGAUGAUGAAGACGAUGGUAAUGAUGCUUGGGACCUUUCAGAGCUCAGGAGAAGGGUUGAAAGUGAUGAUGAGGAUAACCCGAAUAAUGAGCCUGAUGGAUCUGUUAAAUCCGACCAGCAAAAUAUUAACACCAAUGAAAUAGAAGCAUGA